UUGCAGCCAAGAGAAAAAGAUAAUCAUGAGAAGCUAUCGAUUGUCGAUGUUGGCAUGGAAGAAGCAAAGCUUAUAAAUGCCCUUGGAAUGUACUCAGCUGAUGAUUUGUACUCGUUUGUGAACAAAUUGAGAUCCGCCGUAGCCAUUGUAAAUGCCGAAGAGCAGUUAGAACUUCAUAGAGCUAAAGUUCUUAACAUAUUUGAUGUUUAG